UCGUCUAAUCAAACAUCCAUCCAUCCAUGGCGUCCUCCAUCACCCUCGUCACUUUUGUGUUCCUCUUUGCUCUCUUCUCCACGUCCCAAGCUGGGGAUAUAGUCGUCUACUGGGGCCAAAAUGUCGGAGAAGGCUCCCUGAGAGACACAUGCGCCACCGGAAAAUACAGAAUCGUCAACUUAGGAUUCCUUUCCAACUUCGGCAAUGGCCGAACCCCAGUUCUCAACUUGGCCGGCCACUGUGACCCGCCGUCCGGCGGCUGCCAGAAGCUCAGCAGCGACAUCAACUUUUGCCAAAGCCGAGGCAUCAAGGUGUUGCUCUCCAUCGGCGGCGGCGACGGCAGCUACACGUUGUCAUCGGCGGAUGACGCGGCCAACUUAGCCACCUACUUGUGGAACCAUUUUCUCGGCGGCCAAGCAAAGUUCAGACCCCUCGGCGAAGCCGUGUUAGACGGCAUAGAUUUCGACAUUGAGCUUGGAGGAGUCCUUCACUACGCCACACUGGCCAGAAAGCUCGCCGAGCACAGCCGAGGUGGCCGGAAAGUCUACCUCUCUGCCGCCCCGCAGUGCCCGUUCCCCGACAAGCAUCUUAGCCGGGCACUCAACACCGGGAUUUUCGACUACGUUUGGAUCCAGUUCUACAACAACCCUCAGUGCGAGUACACCGCCAAUCCGAAGGGGUUCAAGGCCUCGUGGUCGCGGUGGACGGGGUCGAUAACCGCCGGCAAGUUCUUCGUGGGGCUGCCGGCGUCGAAGGCCUCCGCCGGCAGCGGCUUCGUGCCGAAGCAGAAACUGAUAUCGGAGGUUCUUCCGUCAGUGAAGGGGUCGUCGAAGUAUGGAGGAAUCAUGCUGUAUGAUAGGUAUGGCGAUCUGAAGAGUGGGUACAGCAACGUUGUAAAGGGUCAUGUUUGAGUUAACCAAAGAUGGUAAAUAUAUAUGCCAUUGGCGGCCAAAUAACUAAAUAAAUAAAAUUUGCAGGUCCAAUCUCCCA